AUGGCGGAUAACAGCAUCGGUGGUGGUGGUGGUGGCGGCGGCGGCGGCGGCGGCGGCGAGGACGACAAAUAUGUGCUGCCAAACUGUGUCAUCGCCUCGAGCAAUCGCGAGAGUGACAUUCGCCCGUACUGCGACAUUCUGUAUGCGACCGAUGGACACAAAUGGGGCGGCAUAAUGCCACAAGACUACCCGACCCUCCCGACUCGAGAGCAGGAAGAAGCCUUUCUCCGCCAGCACUUCAGCGAAGAUGAGAUCCACAUGCAAGGCGGUGCGAGUGGCGACGGCAAUGGCUUCCGCUUCCUCAAGCAGGUCUGGUGGUCAAUCGCUAUCUACAAUUUUCAAGUCCGCAUUCCACUGAUGGUUGACUGGUGGUUCAAGGACAAUCAAGACGUCUUGACUGACCAGCUGAGCCAUCUGCUGAAGCCAGAUGCCACAUCAAGCACCUUCUUCCAGCAGCCAGAGAUUGAGUCGUGCGGCACGAAGUUUCUCGACGUGACUGAGCCGCAGCCGGCCACCCAAGAGUCAUCGGCGACAACAACGACCGAAUUGCCAACACCCAGGUCUGCUCCAUUGCCAUUGAAGCCCACUGCACAGAACUUCGAUACGCAAAGCCCAUGGUCAGCCAACCCGACAGGUCAGAUUCGCAACUUCAGCGGCCACACUCCAUCCAUGCCGCCACAGUCUUACCAACAGCCACAGCGUGGUCAGCAGCAGCGGAAGCGUGGUUCGUAUAACAAGCGUGGCAGCUUCCAUGACCCGGCCACCUUUCGACCUGACUUUCGCAGUAUCAACCCACAGGCCAAUGCGCCAGGCUAUGGACCUCCGCCUCAGCCCUUCAUGCAUGGGGCUCCCUAUGUGCCGCCAAAUCAAGCUCGUGGGCCGUCUUUUGGCGGACCACCACCUGUUCAGGAAUUUGUGCAUGCUGGAGUGCCUGGUCAGCCCAUGCCAGGUCACUAUCCGCCUGGCAACUUUGACCCUUCAGUCCACGCCAUGACAUACCCACCACCAGAUCAGACAUUUAUGUCCGGUCCUCCAGGUUUUGGCAAUUACCCAGAUGCUGCCUAUCCUCAGCUCUACCAGCAAGCGCAGCCGUUCGGAGAGCGCAGUAAUGGGCAGUACUUUGGACGCGGUGAUCAUGAAGGCCAGAAGACCCGCCGUGAGAGUGUCUCCUCACGAGCUGGCAAGCGUUCGGGUUAUGGCACACAUAACGGUCGUGGCAGCAAGUCGAGCCGGGGUAGAAACAGCAUUGGCUAUGGAGACGCCCGACUGUCGCUACGCAAGUCCUCCAAUGACUUCAACGCGCCUUCAGAGGACAUGCAUCCUCGAGACCGGCACUCGAGUGUCCCCAACAAGUAUCGACAAGAUUUCUGGAGAAACUCAAAGCAAGACGAGAAUACCAUGCCAGGACCAGGUCCGCUUCCCGAGACUCAGCGCCCGUUUGUGCCCCGAUCUCGCGACCUUCCAGCCAUAUCUCCCAGUGACGAUUGGCUGUUGCACAACUGUACCAAGAACCAGAUCGGUGAGAAGUGUGUAUACGUCAACAAGCUCAUUGUUUUCGACGUUCCGAGAGACGUCCCUGAGCAGGUGCUCGUCUCCUUCUUUGCGAACUUCGGACCUGUUUACAACGUUGCUCGUCAAAGCACACCAGCCACCGUCAAAGGCCACAAAUACGAGAAGCCUCUGGUCUACGUCAAUUUUGAUCAAGUCGACAAGUCACAAGGAGCGCGGGCGUGUUUGCAGCCACGGCAAGCUCCUUGGGGUUCAUUGAGAGCAGAAGUGCCGCGUGAGUAUUGGGAUAUUCAGCACGAGCGCUACUCCCAGCGUGACGCCGCAGGCAACGAGAUCAAUCCACGACAAGCGCUGAACCGGUUCCACCAUGGUAGAAUGCUGUCCACCACCGACCAGUCUCACUAUCCAGGCUAUUUUCCUUCGCCUUCGCAUGCCGAGCGCACCUUUCCAACCGUCUCACGGCCUGAUGUGGCCACUGUAGAGAUGGCGCCGCAGCCACUACAGUCGCACAAGAUCACGAAUGGCUCAGAUGAUGCGUCUGAAGACACAAGGUCUACAGCAUCUGGUGCUGCUACGCCGAACCGUAAGAAGGGCAAGAAGAACAAGAACAAGAAGGUUGGGCUUUACCAGGAGAGCCUUAACCAGGCUUUCGAGGCUAAUGCUCUGAAGAGCGGUUCUCUGCCUGAUGUCACUCAAGAUAACAAUAUCUCCGAUGGUUGUGACAAGGAUGCUGCUGUUGACGGCAAGUACAACGACACUCCUAUGCAGCCAACGCCGACGGAGUCUGGAUCACCACACUCGAAGAGCGCACAGCCGGAGAGCAAUGCACAGAUUGUGACAGACGCACUACCUAGGUCGAACGAAAUUGUGGACUCACAGACAGAGCCGGCUCAGAUUACUGUCGAAACUUCUGUGCAGUUCGUCCCUCCAAGCACCACGGUUGAUCAUGACUUUGAAUUAUCUUCUGAGCAGGCCGAUGUUGCUUCCAAGGAUGUGAAGGCAGAAGAUGAACAAGGUGAUGACAGCUUCCACACAGCCAGUGGCACGCCCGAGGAGGUCAAGGAGGAGUCGGCUGAGACUGUCUCUCCUGUCGACAUUCCUGCAUCGAUCAUCAAGCCCGUCUCGAUUCCCGAGCACAGCUUUGCACGCAAGAUCGCUGAGCCUCCGGUAGCUGUCGCUUCAACUCCUGAUGUUCCGGCAUUGUCGCAGAAGGACGUCAAGAAGGCCCCGAUACCUCAACCUCUACCGAAGUCCAAAUCACAGCCAGCCGUUGCCAUUCCUGGGCCCAGCUCGAGCAAGGCUGGAUCGGAAGAGUCCGAGACAACUAAUAGCGGAGCUGUUCAGACAGAGCUGCAAGCUACUCCGGACGCUCCCUCCGCACUCUCGACCAGCUUCACCACGGCGCCCAACGUUCAAGUUGUGAAGGACACAGAGCCGCAGCCAAGCCAGGCAAAGAAGAUUCCAAAGGCCAAGGGUGCUGCUGAGACCGAGUCUCUCAGCAUCUUUGGCAAGAAGGCCAAGGCCAAGGCGAAGAAGCCAGUCAAGACCUCAAAGAGUCAAACGUCAAAGCCUACGGCGGAAGAGAAGACGCGUAAGGUAUCAAACACUGCGCCCACACCUGUGCAGCCAGUCAAUACUACGGAACCAUUGGAGGAGACACCUGAUGAACCAAAGCCUCAGACCACAGAAGACUCUGAAGUGGCGCUGCCACAGAAGCCAGAAGGAUCUUUCUUGACGAAUGAUGAUGCUCCGAAAGGGAGAAACAUUUUCGGCAGAGUGACUGAUUUUUUAUCUUUGGGCUCGCAGUCGGGAUCGUCUUUUCAGGAAUCGUCACCAAAGCAGGAUGGGUCUGAAGAUCAGCAGCUCAGCGUCAAGGCCGCUUCCACCACUGACCAACAGGCUACAGAGCUUGGUCAAACCACUGAUCCUGCUGGUCAUGGCCAUGCCCAUCAGAACGAGCCGGCGUCGGCCAGUAAGGAUACAGCAGUCGACGGAUCUCAGCUCAAGCCAGAGCCAAGCAAGACCGCAAAGAGCAAGAAGAGCAAGAGCAAUAAGAAGAAGAAAGGCAAGGUCACGAUUGAUUCGAACGACACAGUUCCAACGAAGACCAAAGCAACCGAAGCAGGAUUGGUGCCAAAGAAGGAGGCUGACAAGGCCGAAAUUGUCGAGAUGUGCCACCCAGCUUCAUGCACUGAGACUAAGAGCCCGAUCUACCAGUUUCGGGGCAGUCAGGCCUUGAACGGAGAGCAUGAGCAGGCAUCGCAAUCAUCGGAGCAGUCGUCAUCAUCGCCUUUGCACUCGCCAGCGAGAAAGAGCCAACACUUGUUGACUACAGAGUCAAAGCCUCCCAUUCGGCAGCAUAAGCGCAUUCGCAGCGGCAGGAGCUCUGAUGGUUCAAACAGUAGUGAUGAGAAGGCUUUGGUGACGCGGAAGGCGAGCGGUUCAGAACAGAACAAGGAUCGAGACGCUGUGCAACAGUCUCUCGGUGCGCGUUUCCCGACUGAUCAGGAGUCGCUGGGUCUUGGAAUCACGGACCAGAGUAAAGCCUUAGAGUGGAAUCAGGAGAUGCCAUACGUGUCUGCGCCUCAGAAGCGCAUGGUCUCGAACCAUGCUACGAAUGAUGAGCCGUCGAUUUCCGAUGAGGUGAAGCGUGCGAUUGAGCGGGGGAAGGAGAUGGCUGCCAAGGAGCAGCGCAUCAAGAAGGAGAAGCCAGAAGGUGGCAAGGCAAACGUGAAGUAG